UCUAAAACCCUAACCAGCAGCUUAAAGCUUUUGUAGAAUCUCAAAAAAAAAAACAGAGAGAGAGAGAUUAAACCUUAAUCAUGUCGGAACCAAAGCCAACGAAGGAGAUGAAAGCUCUCACAACAUCAGAGAUAGCUUCAUUCGCCUCCUCUCUCGGCUUACCUUCAUCUCUCCCUUCUUCCGGCUUCAACGAUUCUGAUUUCCGCAAACCCCCAAAACCCCAGAAACGGAAGAACCCUAAGAAGGAAGGAGACACAAGCAAGCCCAAUCCGAAGGAAGCUAAGAAGCAAACCUCCAAAGACGCAGCUCCGGCGAAGCAGACGGUGAACACUAAGCCUAAGCCAAAGGCUGAUUUUUUAUCGAUUGAGGACGAGAACAGUGGCUUCAAGGCGAAGCGGUUCGAAAAGUUCAAGACUUUGCCUAAGCUUCCGUUGGUGAAAGCGAGUUUAUUAAGCUCGGAGUGGUAUAACGACGCGGAGGAGCUGGAGGAGAAGGUCUUUAGCAGGAAAGUGGCGGUGGGGGAUGUGAUGGGUGUGGUGGAGGUGAAGAGGGAGAUGGGGGAGAGGCUGAUGUGGCAGUACGCUGAGGACUUUGUGGCGUCGAAAGGGAAGAGUGGAGAUAUGAAGAUGGUGAUAUCUGCUCAGAAGUCUGGGACGGUGGCUGAUAAAAUCACUGCCUUUGAGAUUAUGGUUGGGGAGAAUCCUAUUGCUAAUAUGAGGUCUCUUGAUGCCUUGUUGGGAAUGGUGACUUCAAAGGUUGGAAAGAGAUUCGCAUUCAAGGGUCUUAAGGCUCUAUCUGAAAUUUUGAUCAGGCUGUUACCUGAUCGCAAGCUGAAGACGCUUUUACAGCGACCUUUGAACAGCAUUCCUGAAACUAAGGAUGGUUACUCACUUUUGCUGUUUUGGUACUGGGAAGAAUGCUUGAAACAGAGGUAUGAGCGCUUUGUUAACGCCCUUGAUGAAUCAUCUAAGGAUAUGCUUCCAGAGCUAAAAGACAAGGCUUUAAAGACUAUAUACUUCAUGCUGACAAGCAAAUCAGAACAGGAGCGGAAGUUGCUUGUGUCAUUGGUGAACAAGUUAGGAGAUCCUCAAAACAAAAGUGCGUCUAAUGCUGAUUUUCACCUGACAAACCUUUUGGCUGAUCAUCCUAAUAUGAAGGCUGUGGUGAUUGAUGAAGUUGACUCCUUUCUCUUUCGUCCUCAUCUUGGGCUACGUGCAAAGUAUCACGCUGUCAACUUUCUGAGCCAAAUUCGAUUGAGCCACAAAGGAGAGGAUCCAAAGGUGGCAAAACGCCUUAUUGAUGUGUAUUUUGCCCUGUUUAAGGUUUUAACCACAGAAGCAAACAAGAAACCAGGCACAGAUGACAAAGCGGCUGAUAAGAAAAAUGCCAACUCAAAGGACUCAAAAGAAGACAAAGCGGCUGAUUCACCUGUUGAAUUGGAUUCCAGAAUUCUAUCAGCUCUACUUACGGGAGUUAACAGAGCUUUUCCAUAUGUUUCUACUGACGAGGCCGAUGAUAUAAUUGAUUCUCAAACGCCGGUGCUUUUUAAAUUGGUACACUCGAAGAAUUUCAAUGUGGGAGUUCAAUCACUGAUGCUUCUUGACAAAAUCUCAUCCAAGAAUAAGAUCGUCAGUGAUAGAUUUUACCGUGCAUUGUAUUCGAAGCUUCUACUCUCCUCGGCAAUGAAUUCUUCAAAGGCUGAAAUGUUUAUUGGGCUUCUCCUUAGAGCCAUGAAGAACGAUAUAAAUAUAAAGCGUGUGGCUGCCUUCUCCAAAAGAAUCUUGCAGGUUGCGCUACAACAGCCACCACAGUACGCCUGUGGAUGUCUUUUCCUUCUGUCUGAGGUGCUAAAAUCAAGACCACCUCUUUGGAACAUGGUGGUCCAGAGGGAAUCAGUUGUGGAAGAAGAAGAUGUAGAACAUUUCGAGGAUGCUAAAGAUGAAGAUGAUAUUGAUCCCAUUAAGGAAGCAGAGAAAGAAAAGAAUGAUGUUAAAGAGGACAAAAUCACAAGUAAAGAUGAUGAUGAUGAUUCUUCAGAUGACGAAGAGGCUUUAGCGGUCAGGCAAUCUGAUGAAGAAGAAGAUGAUGAUGCUUCUGAUGAUGGUGAAGAGUUAUUUAUUAAAGAAACUCCCAAAGAAACCAUAGAGGUUUCUAAUGAUAGUGGCAAAAAAAUUCAAGCGCCAUUGAAAUCAAGUUGUCUUCCCGGAGGAUACGAUCCUCGCCAUAGAGAGCCUUCUUACUGUAACGGAGACCGUGUGAGUUGGUGGGAAUUGGUGGUACUUGCUUCACACGCUCACCCCUCGGUGGCUACUAUGGCUGCAACACUUCUCUCAGGAACUACUAUAGUUUACAACGGAAACCCUCUGAAUGAUUUAUCUCUAACUGCUUUCUUGGAUAAAUUCAUGGAGAAGAAACCAAAACAGAACACUUGGCAUGGUGGCUCCCAGAUCGAACCUUCCAAGAAGCUUGACAUGUCAAACCAGAUGAUUGGAUCUGAUAUUCUAAGGUUAGCAGAAGAAGAUGUGUCUCCUGAAGAUUUAGUCUUCCACAAGUUCUACGUGAACAAGAUGAACAGUACGAAGCAAUCAAAGAAAAAGAAGAAGAAGAAGCUACCUGAAGAAGAAGCUGCUGAAGAGCUUUACGAUGUGAACGAUGGCGAUGGUGGAGGUGACUACGAUAGUGACGUCGAAUUCGAAGCUGGCGAUGAGAGUGACAAUGAGGAGAUUGAGAAUCUGUUGGAUGAUGUUGAUGAUGACGCUGUGGAAGAAGAGGGUGGUGAAUAUGAUUAUGAUGAUCUGGAUAAAGUUGUGGGGGAUGAUGAUGAGCUUGUGGAUGAUGCAAGUGAUGCAGAGAUGGACGACACAGAGAUGGAUAUGCUUGAUGGUGAAGAUGUGGAUGAGGAUGGUGAUGAUGUUGGUGAUGAUGGUGGUGAUGAAGAUGAAGAUGAUGAUGAUGAUGGUGGUGGUGGUGUUGGUGGUAACAAGAAAAAGAAGGAAAAAGGAAAACGGAAAUCUCCAUUUGCGAGUCUUGAAGAGUACGAGCAUUUGAUAGACGAGGAUGAUUCAAAGUCGAAAAGAAAAGAAACAUCAGAGCCCAAAAAGAAGAAAAAGAAGAAGACGACCAAAGCGUCAGAAUAAAGAAUGAUGCAUUGAAGCAAAAGGAAAGACUCGUAUUGCUUGCUACGCAAGGCUUCUUUUGUGCUGUUGAGUUGUACUAAAACUCUGGAGACAGUUACUCCAAUUUUGUGGUGUUUUGUUAUCUAUUCUACUUUAAGUUUUCAUUUUUUUAGACAAAAGAUUUUGUAUGAUUAUGUUUUUCUAAUCACUUGAGGCUUGAUCCUUGAAACCAUGA